AUGAGAAAACACCACAAGCUUCUGCGCCACUGGCUUCUCCGCUACCGAAACACCAGACCCAUCAGUCUCACCGCCUCCGCCGCGGCCAACCCAUUCCCGGCGACCGCAACCGUCCAUUCUGACCUCGAUCUCUUGGACGACGGCGAGCUGGCCCCGACCCCGCGCGUCUACCACGGGUUCAUCACCGCCUGCGCGCAGUCCAAGAACCUCCAAGAUGCCAGGAAGAUCCACGCGCACUUGGCCAGCUCGCGGUUCGCGGGCGACGCCUUCCUCGACAACUCGCUCAUCCACAUGUACUGCAAGUGCGGCAGCGUGGUCGAAGCGCACAAGGUGUUCGACGAAAUGCGGAGGAAAGACAUGGUUUCCUGGACCUCGCUCAUCGCCGGGUACGCGCAGAACGACAUGCCGGCGGAGGCCAUUAGCCUGCUACCUGGCAUGCUCGAGGGACACUUCAGGCCAAACGGGUUCACGUUCGCCAGCCUCCUCAAGGCCGCCGGCGCUUAUUCUUCUGACGGCUGCAUCGGCGGACAGAUCCAUGCUCUCGCAGUGAAGUGUGACUGGCAUGAGGACGUCUAUGUGGGGAGCGCGCUUCUGGACAUGUACGCGCGGUGCGGGAGGAUGGACAUGGCCACUGCGGUGUUCGACAAGCUUGACUCGAAGAACGGGGUUUCCUGGAACGCGUUGAUUUCCGGGUUUUCGAGGAAGGGCGACGGAGAAACAGCGUUAAAGGUGUUUGCAGAGAUGCAGAGAAACAGGAUUGAGGCAACGCAUUUUACAUACUCCAGCUUGUUCAAUGCCAUUGCUGGUCUAGGCGCUCUCGAGCAGGGCAAGUGGGUGCAUGCACACAUGAUCAAGUCUGGGCAGAAACUGACCGCGUUUCUCGGAAAUACGAUUCUUGACAUGUAUGCAAAAUCAGGUAGCAUGGUCGACGCGAGAAAGGUGUUUGACCGCGUGGAUAAUAAAGAUCUAGUUACUUGGAACUCGAUGCUCACGGCACUGGCGCAAUACGGGCUCCGAAAGGAAGCAAUCUCCCAUUUUGAGGAGAUGAGGAAAUCAGGCAUUUACCUGAACCAGAUUUCCUUCCUUUGCAUUUUGACCGCCUGUAGCCAUGGAGGACUCAUGAAGGAGGGCAAGCGCUACUUUGACAUGAUGGAGGAUUAUAAUUUAGAGCCCGAGAUUGACCAUUAUGUUACGGUUGUUGAUCUUCUCAGCCGAGCUGGUCUACUAAACUAUGCUCUGGUCUUCAUAUUUAAAAUGCCUAUUGAACCAACUGCCGCUGUUUGGGGAGCCCUGCUCGCGGCUUGCAGAACGCAUAAGAAUGCCAAGGUAGGGCAGUUUGCAGCAGACCAUGUCUUUGAACUAAACCCAGAUGAUAGUGGUCCAGCUGUGUUGCUGUAUAACAUAUAUGCCUCCACUGGCCAAUGGGAUGCUGCUGCUAGGGCGAGGAAGAUAAUGAAGGCAACUGGUGUGAAAAAGGAGCCUGCAUGUAGUUGGAUUGAGAUAGAGAAUUCCGUGCACAUGUUUGUGGCAGGCGAUGAUGCCCAUCCACGAGCCCAAGAGAUAUAUAAGAUGUGGGAUGAGAUAAGCAUGAAGAUUAGGAAAGAAGGAUAUGUUCCUGAUAUGGACUAUGUGCUUCUGCACGUAGACGAUCAAGAGAGGGAGGCAAACUUGCAGUACCACAGUGAGAAGAUCGCACUCGCGUUUGCACUGAUCCAAAUGCCUGAAGGGGCAACCAUUCGGAUCAUGAAGAAUAUUAGGAUAUGUGGGGAUUGCCACUCUGCAUUCAAAUAUAUCUCCAAAGUUUAUAAAAGGGAGAUUGUUGUUAGGGACACUAAUAGAUUUCACCAUUUCAGCAAUGGUUCUUGUUCCUGUGGAGAUUACUGGUGAUUCUGCUAAGAUUUAGGGUGCUUAUGAAUAUACGAGGCCAUGGGUUGAUUCAGUAACAACCAAAAAGACCAUGUUUAUGCACAGGUCGA